AUGAGUGCAACAGCUCCAACAGCUAAUGAUCAAGCUCGCCCACAGACAACUGGAUCAGCUUCACAGCAGAAUCCAUCGAUCCGUGCUCUCCAGUUCGCUAUCAACACAACUCUUCAAACACAACAAUUAGAAAAAGAGAACGAAGCUUUAAAGGCAAAGCUCGCUGAAAACGAAAAACUCCUUUCAGAGUUCGAUGAUGCCAGAGUUCGUGCUAAAAGUUUAAAGACUCAAUUAAAAGAAAAGGAGGCUAAACUCGAAGCCAAGCGCCAAGAACUUAUCCAAAUCCAAGAGGCAAUUAUUUCAACACUUCAAGCUCCUCCACAGCAGCAAAACGAAGAUCCAGAAGAAGCUCUUGUUCCAAUUCCAAUUAUUAUGAACAGAAUUCAAGAACUUGUUAUGUCCCUCUCCGAAACAGCCGCUGAUAAUAAGACCACUGCUGUUCCAGUUAUUUCUCUUUUCAAUACAAGCGAAAAAUUAAAUCAAUUGUACGACGCUCUCGUUGAACAAGAUAUCAUCCAUGAAACACAAGAAGAGCACGAUGAGAGAUACAGAAAGUACGUACAAGCUCAGCAAGCUAUUGUUUCUAAGCUCAAAGAUAUCCUUGCUUCUGCAAAAGCACAAGGAGCCGACCUUGAGGAAGAAGAAGAAUUGGUUGAAGAAGAGCAGAAUGAAGAGGAAGCUAAGAAUGAGGGACCAAAGAUUGUUGAAGUUACAGAAGAAGAAGAAAAGAAAGAAGAAACUCCAGCUCCAGAAGAAAAGAAGCCAGAAGAGGCAAAGCCAGAGGAACCAGCAGCUAAGGAAGAGGCUCCAGCUGAAGCAGCUGCACAAGAAAAACCACCAGCAUAA